AUCAGAGACCUAUUCCCUUCAUCACAUUCCUACAACCUGCCAGCACUUGCAAGGAAAGGACAUGGAGGCUUGCCCACCCAAGGCCAAAGGGCCCUGGCUGCAGCCCCAGAGAUGUCUGUUCUCCUGGAUGGUCAGAGAGGAAGACUGGGACAAGCGCAUGGACCAGGCUUAUAUGCUGCAACAAAAGAGAAUUCAAGAGUCCCCACUGCUUCAGGCCGCCAAGGAAAAUGACCUAUUUGUCCUUAAGCAACUUCUGCUGAAUCAAGCCUGCAACUUUUGGCAAAGAGGAGGCCUGGGGGAGACCGCGUUGCAUGUAGCAGCCCUCUAUGACAACCUGGAGGCUGCUGUAGUGCUGAUGGAGGCUGCCCCAGAGCUGGCCAAGGAGCCCACAUUGUGUGAGCCUUUUGUAGGUCAGACUGCACUGCACAUUGCUGUUGUGAACCAGAACGUGAACCUGGUGCGAGCCCUGCUGACCCACGGGGCCAGUGUCUCUGCCAGAGCUACGGGCGCCGCCUUUUGCCGCAGUCCCCGCAACCUCAUCUACUUCGGGGAGCACCCUCUGUCUUUUGCUGCCUGUGUGGGCAGUGAGGAGAUUGUGCGGCUUCUCAUUGAGCAUGGAGCUGACAUCCGGGCCCAGGACUCCUUGGGAAACACAGUAUUGCACAUCCUCGUUCUCCAGCCCAACAAAACCUUUGCCUGUCAGAUGUACAAUCUUCUGCUAUCCUAUGAUUGCCUUAAAGACCACCUGCUGCCCCUGGAAGCCGUGCCCAACCACCAGGGCCUCACCCCCUUCAAGCUGGCUGGAGUGGAGGGCAACACUGUGAUGUUCCAGCACCUGAUACAGAAGCGGAAGCACAUCCAGUGGACGUGGGGCCCACUGACCUCCACCCUCUACGACCUCACGGAGAUUGACUCCUGGGGAGAGGAGCUGUCAUUUCUAGAGCUUGUGGUCUCCUCCAAUAAACGGGAGGCUCGCCAGAUCCUGGAACAGACCCCCGUGAAGGAGCUGGUGAGCCUCAAGUGGAACAAAUACGGGCGGCCAUACUUCUGCAUGCUGGGGGCCUUGUACUUACUCUACAUGGUGUGUUUCACCACGUGCUGCAUCUACCGGCCUCUCAAGUUCCGUGGCAGCAACCGCACUAAUUCUCGAGAUAACACCAUCCUCCAGCAGAAGUUACUACAGGAGGCCUAUGUGACACAUCACGAUAUGAUCCGGCUAGUAGGGGAACUGUUCACCGUUAUUGGAGCUGUGAUCAUCCUGCUCCUAGAGAUCCCAGACAUCUUCAGGGUUGGUGCCUCUCGAUAUUUUGGACAGACUGUUCUCGGGGGGCCUUUUCAUGUCAUCAUCAUCACCUAUGCCUCGCUUGUGCUGGUGACCAUGGUAAUGCGGAUCACCAACACCAAUGGGGAAGUGGUGCCCAUGUCCUUGGCCCUGGUGCUGGGCUGGUGCAGUGUCAUGUACUUUGCCCGAGGAUUCCAGAUGUUGGGCCCCUUCACCAUUAUGAUUCAGAAGAUGAUUUUUGGAGACCUCAUGCGUUUCUGCUGGCUGAUGGCUGUGGUCAUCUUGGGCUUUGCCUCAGCAUUCUAUAUCAUUUUCCAGACAGAGGACCCAACCAAUUUAGGGGAAUUCUAUGACUAUCCCAUGGCUCUGUUCAGCACCUUUGAGCUUUUCCUCACCAUCAUUGAUGCACCUGCCAACUACGAGGUGAACUUGCCUUUCAUGUUUGGCAUUGUCAACUUUGCUUUUGCCAUCAUUGCUACGCUGCUUAUGCUCAACCUGUUUAUCGCCAUGAUGGGUGACACACACUGGAGGGUGGCCCAGGAGCGAGACGAGCUCUGGAGGGCCCAGGUUGUGGCCACCACGGUGGUGCUGGAGAGGAAGAUGCCGCGCUUCCUGUGGCCGCGCUCUGGGAUUUGCGGGCUCCAAUAUGGGCUAGGGGAUCGCUGGUUCCUGCGGGUGGAGAACCACACCACUCAGAACCCCCUGCGGGUGAUGCGCUAUGUGGAGGCGUUCAAGGGCCCAGACAAGGAGGAUGGGCAGGAGCAGUUUUCUGAGAAACAGCCCUCCAUGGCUGAGAGUGGGACCCUGGCUAGAGCCUCCCUUGCCCUCCCUACGCCCUCCCUGUCCCGGACCACAUCCCGCAGCAGCAGUCACCGGGGCUGGGAGAUCCUUCGUCGAAAUGCCAUGGGACAUGUGAAUCUUGGCCUAGACCUUGGCGAGGGGGAAGGAGAGGAGGUCUACCGUCUCUGAGUGGGAUCCCCAUUCCUCUUGACC